GAUGGAGGCGGAGUCCUGCGGGGGACCCUGUCGCCGGGGGAGCGGAGAGGCGCCCGGAGGGAGACGGAGGAACGGAGGCCCGGCGACCGGGUGAUGAGACAGGGAAGGGGUACGGAGGAGCUGGAGAACGGGGCACUUACAAUGCUUAGUCCCUCUUCAAGACCUUCUUGUGCCAUGAAGCUUUUAGAACAGUCUGUGAUUCUAAUUUCCUGCUGAUAGAUCAGCUGAUAGCUAAUUCAGAAUGCCAACACACCUUUGGCUCCAAGGAUGACCUUUUGAACCGUCAGCAAGAAUGAACACUCUGGCUAUGAGAAUGGAGUGAAGGCACUCUGAGAAUGGAGCAGGAAGAGGAUUUGAUGAUUGAAAGUUCAGAGGUUUUUUCUGAGACUGCAAGAGGACACAUAGAUGACGACGAGUGUCAUAUAGAAGAGCUUCUAGGUGGGCCAGCCCCUUACAAGUGUGCCAUUUGUAGAAAGAGUUUCACAAAGACGUCCAACCUUGUGCAGCAUGAAAAGAUCCACACUGGAGAGAAGCCCUACAAAUGUUCCCAGUGCGGCAAAAGGUUCACCCGGAGCAACAACCUUGCCGAGCAUGAGAGAAUCCACACAGGAGAAAAACCUUACAAAUGCCCAGAGUGUGGCAAGACCUUCAACAGAAGCUCCAUCCUGCUCAGGCACCGGAGGAUCCACACUGGGGAGAAGCCCUACAAGUGCCCCAAAUGUGGGAAGAGCUUUGACGAGAGCGCCCGGCUUCGGGUACACCAGAGAACUCACGUGACUGAGAUGGCCUACCUCAUUGACAGCAAUGGAGAGGCCACGGCCAUUGAGGCGGCUGGAGUGGCUCACACCUGCCCUGACUGUGGCAAAACAUUUAGUCUGUAUUCCAAUCUGAUUAAGCACCAAAGAAUUCACACAGGGGAGAAGCCCUACAGGUGUGCUCAGUGUGGGAUCAACUUCAGUGAGGCCUCUAAUCUGAUUCGGCACCAGAGGUACCAUGCCCGGGACAAACCUUACAAGUGCCCCAUGUGCCAAAAAAGUUUUGGUCAGAGUUCACAUCUCAUUCAGCACCAGAGAAUCCACACUGGGGAGCGGCCUCACAAAUGCCCUGAUUGUGGGAAGAGCUUUAUUGAGAACUCCACUCUGAAAAAGCACCAGCGAAUCCACACUGGAGAGAAGCCCCACCGGUGCCUGGAGUGUGGGAAGAGCUUCAGCCUCAGCUCCCACCUAGUGACACACCAGAGGAGCCACACUGGGGAGCGACCCUACAAAUGUGAGGAUUGUGGCAAGGGGUUCACUGAUACAUCCUCUCUCAUCAUCCACCGGCGAAGCCACACAGGAGAGAAACCCUACAAGUGUGAUGUGUGUGGGAAGGGAUUCGUCCUGAGCUCAGUUUAUCUGAACCACCACCGCACUCACACAGGAGAGAAGCCUUUUGGGUGUCCGGAUUGUGGCCGGGCCUUCCGCCAGUGGUCGCAGCUGGUCAUCCACCGGAGACUGCACACAGGGGAGCGGCCCUACAAAUGUCCCUAUUGCGACAAGGGCUUCUGUGAUAGCUCCACUCUGACCAAACACAAAAGAACCCACACGGGAGAGAAACCCAACACAUGUGCAGACUGCGGGCUCAGCUUUGGCUCCAGAGCGCUGCUCAUGGACCAUCAGACGCUCCAUGGGGAAGAGGCCUCUGCUAUGGCCAUUCUCUCUGUCUGAGGUGACCAUUUAGAGCCUGUCCUUAAGGUGGUACUUCUUAGUAUAGUAUUCCAAGUGAUUUGACUGUAUGGGCUGCCACUCUCUUCUGUAUGUCCACAUUUGUUCUUGACCAUUUGCUUCCCACAGUGGUAAAGAAAGGCAGCCUUUUCCCUUUUCAUUGCCUGCGGUGAGUUGGUUGCUGGGCAUCCGGAUAGCUUUGAGAUGAGGGUGGUUGUGCAAGGCAUUGCUGAUGACAUCACACAGGCAAUAGUGCGUCUCUGAAGCUGGUGAAAGCAGAGUUGUUCCACCAAUCCGUUUCUAUGAUUAAGGACAUUGUGAGGAGGGGACUCCCCAAGCAUACAUUUGCAGAUCCCCUUCAUUUAGCCUUCAGAUUAUACGUCUACCACCUGUACUAGUAAAAUAGUUUAGGUGGAGGCUGUGGACAGACCCACAAAGCAUGGGGCAUUUCACUGUUGAGAACCAGCAAAGAUAAACUCUCUUAAGAGACUUUCAAAGAAAAUUCCAGUGGAAAUAAGUUCUUUCCUCUGUUUUUUUCUCCACAUGAGAUUUGGAGAAUAUAAGGGGAUGGCAAUUUCAGUAGCAUAACACUAUUUUUAAGGGUUAAUAAUUACUUUGGCUGCUAUUUUUCUUCACAUUCUACUUGGUGCUGCAAAAUAUUUUUGCUCCUUAUGAAAGGAGUAACCCUGAAGCAAUGGAUUUCAUGGAAGGGAUCUCAAGGGCUGCUAAACCAGUCAGCAUGUUUGUAAAAAAAAGAACUAGCACAUUUUUAAAAUUGUAUUUUGAAAAUGUAAAUUUUGAACUACACUUUGGGCUGGUUUGGACAUAAUAAUAAACCAUAGUCUAGCCACCCCACUGCCCAGCAGAGCAAUGACUAGUUUGGAAACUUCCAUUGACUUUUUAGAUCAACCUGCCAUAUCAUCAGAACCAAGAUAAACUAUGGUCAGUCUUAACUAUGAUUUGCUGAAAGGAACCAAAUACAAAGUAUUUAUUUAUUACAUAGUGUUUCAACAAGCCAUAAUUAAGGUUAACCACAGUGUACUGUAUAGAUGUAAUGCCAAACUGUGCUUAAUCUAAAACAGAAGUGUUUUGGCCACUCCAGAAAAGACAGGGAGGAAAUAUGCAAAUUUGAUACUUGCCUGGGCUUAUCCUUUGAUUGGUUCCCAGGCAGAUGCUAUGUUAAAAAGUAAUCCAAAUGUUUCAAUCAAAAAUACUGUAUUUUGAGUUUUACAUACCUUGUUGCCUCUUGAUCUUCUUUUGUUCUAUUUCAUCUCCAAAAUGUUUGGUCCAAAAUGUUUGAACUCAGGGGAAAUUGAGUGAGCCUCAAAGGCUGGAGAGAGCUGGGUGUUUGAGUCAUGUGAGCUCUGGGCAAGAGCUCCUCUGAGAGGUAAGAAAAGCAAUAAUGCUAAGAAAAGAUUAAGAGGCUGGUGUUUUGAGAGACCAGUGGCCAAGAGGAUCCAAAGUUGACUGGACACCAUGUUGGAUCUUGGGAUCAGUCUGCAAGAGCUUUGUUUGAGCAAUGCUGGAGAGAUCUCAUACCCUUAAAAUACUUGGCUGAGGAAUGCUGGAAUUGUAGGGCUUUUCCCGUGUAAAUAUGCAUAGAAUCACACCCUUUGGCUAAGAACUUUGAUAAAGAAAAUGCCUCAAAUUAAUUGGGAAGCAGGCUUUUUAAAUUGCAUAUUAUUUAAUACAAGUUCUUACAGAAGCCAUUUUGGAUGAGGCAGGAGAACAGUGCCUCUUUUAAGAUGAAACUGCCUAUGGCACAACUAUGCCAGACUGGUAAAGAAACCCACAGAGAGGAUGAGCCUGCUGGAGGCUGCCAGAAGAGGGACUGGGCCCUUUGGUCUCCCUGCGGGAGCCUGCUGCAUUUUUGCGCUAGCCAUAGAUGUGGGAUGCAGCGCUCCCCACCUUCUCUCUUGCCUGCAAGGUUGGCGUUGCCUAUCAGGCUAGCACUUAAAUGCAAGGCUUUCAGUGUCAUCAGAAACAAAGCAAACAAGAAUGCUUUUAAAAAGUGCAAGUUAAUACAGAUUUAAUUGAAGUUCAUGCAGGCAAGGCGUGGAUCCUGGAUUUGCCUUCGGGGCCUCUGUCCAAUUUUUAAGUGCUCACCAACCCUCUGUGUAGCAUUUUGGAAGGGUUGCCAUAGAGGGAGGAUGAGGGAAAUUGCUUCUGCCUGCACAGUUGCGUAUGCCUAGGCCAUUUCUCACACCAUCUGGAUUUUACAAGGGAGAGUAGAACAAUAAAACUUCUAACUGGUGCUGAA